AAACACUCGGAGUUUUUAACCAGUCACAACCAUUCAUUUGCUAGAGCUCGUCGCGCACACUGACAGUUGAAUCCCCCCUCUUCCCCUCCCGGCAUGGCUGCAGACUCGAUGGAGAUUGACGACUCUCUUUACAGCCGCCAGCGAUAUGUGCUGGGAGACAGUGCUAUGCACCAGAUGGCCCAGUCCUCAGUCUUUCUCAGUGGAAUGGGAGGACUGGGAAUUGAAAUAGCAAAGAAUAUUGUCCUGGCUGGUGUGAAGGCAGUCACCCUUCAUGACCCGAAGCAAUGUGAGACCUGGGAUCUGGGCUCCAACUUCUUUAUCCGCAAAGAGGAUGUGUUGAGCCAGAGAAGGAGGGUGGAGGCAGUGUGUCCUCGGGUUGCAGAGUUGAACCCUUAUGUCCAUGUUGACAUGUCUUCCUCUGCUCUGGACGACAACACUGAUCUCAGCUUUCUCAGAGACUAUCAGUGUGUGAUUCUGACUGAAACCAGAUUAAGCCUACAGAAGAGAGUGAAUGAGUUCUGCCACUCACAACAACCCCCCAUCAGAUUCAUUGGCUGUGAUGCAUAUGGCAUCUGUGUGCGGGUGUUUUGUGACUUUGGAGAGGAGUUUGAGGUGUCGGAUCCCACAGGAGAGGAACCCAAAGAGAUUUUCAUCCAAACUAUCACUCAGGACAACCCUGGGGUGGUGACCUGCAUGGACAACCAACCGCAUGGCCUACAAACAGGCCAGAGUGUCAUUUUCAGAGAGGUCAAUGGCAUGGUGGAACUCAACGGCACCGCACGGCAGGUUUCAGUCCUGUCCCCUCACAGCUUUGCAAUAGGAGACACAUCCCAACUACAACCAUAUGCACAUGGAGGUUUCUUUGUCCUGGUGAAAACCCCUAAGACAUACAAAUUUGAGACAAUAGAGAGACAGUUGUGUGACCCUCAGGUGCUGACUCCAGACUUCAGUAAACCAGAGGCCCCUCUACAGAUCCAUGCAGCCAUGUUGGCUCUAGACACCUUCCAGGAGCAGCACAGUAGACUUCCCAACAUUGGGUGUUUACAGGAUGCUGAGGUUUUACUGAAGCUAACCGAAGAAGUGAAUGCAACUCUCAGGAACAAAGCUUCUGUGAAUCCAGAGUUGGUGCGCUGUUUGUCGAGAACAGCGAGGGGAACUCUUCCUCCGUUAGCAGCCGCUGUAGGAGGUCUAGCCAGCCAGGAAGUUCUUAAGGCCAUCACAGGGAAGUUUGCGCCACUGCAGCAAUGGUUUUAUCUUGAUGCCAUCGAGGUAGUCAGGCCACUUCAGUCUGUUUCCGCUGAGGAGUUUUUCCCAAGGGGAGACCGGUAUGAUGGAUUACGAGCUUGCAUUGGUGAAUCAAUGUGUCUAGAACUGCACAAGCUCAGGGUCUUCAUGGUGGGCUGUGGUGCCAUCGGCUGCGAGAUGCUGAAAAACUUUGCCCUGCUUGGAGUGGGGUUGGCCAAGAGCUCAGGAGAGGUAUGCAUCACAGACCCAGACCUUAUAGAAAAAUCCAACCUCAAUCGUCAGUUUCUCUUCAGACCACAUCAUAUACAGAAACCGAAGAGUACCACAGCAGCAGAAGCCACUCGCGAUAUCAACCCAGACCUGCACGUGGAUGCUCAUCUUAACAAGGUGUGUCCGGCUACUGAGAGCAUCUACAAUGACUCAUUCUAUUCCCGCCUGAACCUAGUGGUCACCGCGCUGGACAACGUGGAGGCUCGGAGAUAUGUGGACAGCCGCUGUGUAUCCAACCAGAGACCUCUACUGGACUCUGGCACCAUGGGAACUAAAGGACACACAGAAAUCAUUGUGCCAAAUUUGACAGAGUCCUACAAUAGCCAUAGGGACCCCCCAGAAGAGGAGAUCCCAUUCUGCACUCUGAAGUCUUUCCCUUCUGUCAUAGAGCACACCAUUCAAUGGGCCAGAGACAAGUUUGAGAAUGCGUUUGUCCACAAGCCCUCCAUGUACAACUCGUUUUGGCAGACCCACCCCUCGGCUGAAGUUGUGCUACAGAGGAUGCAGGCAGGGGAAAGUCUGGAGGGGUCAUUCCAGGUCAUCAAGCUGCUGAGCAGACGGCCAAGCCAGUGGGAACAGUGCAUCACUGUUGCCCGUCUGAAAUUCGAAAAGUAUUUCAAGAGAAAGGCCCUACAACUCUUGCACUCUUUCCCCCUGGAUACAAGGUUAAAAGAUGGAAGUUUGUUUUGGCAGUCUCCAAAAAGACCCCCAGCACCUUUAGAUUUUGACUUGAAAGACUCUUUGCACUUCACUUUCAUUGUCAGCACUGCCCGGCUCUUCGCAGGGAUUUAUAAUAUCCCUUACUCAGAAAAGGAUCUUUCUGAAGAGGCGGUGACCAGGAUUCUCUCAGAUGUCAAUAUUCCUGAGUACAGGCCCUCAGAGAAAUCUAUAGUGACGGACGAAUCGGCCAAGAAGCCGGAUCAGAUAAAGAUGCCUCUCAGCAGUGAAGAGGAGAGGGAGGCCAUCACACAGCUGGAGCAGGCCAUUGCUACUGACAAUGUCACAGCAGAGAGGUUACAGUUGAGUCCACUGCAGUUUGAAAAGGACGAUGACAGCAACGGUCACAUAGACUUUGUCGCAUCAGCAUCUGCUCUCAGAGCCAGGAUGUACUCCAUCGAGCCAGCCGACAGACUCAAGACCAAACGCAUCGCCGGCAAGAUCAUACCCGCUAUCGCCACGGCAACAGCUGCUGUGGCUGGACUGGUGGCCCUCGAGUUGAUCAAGGUGGUUGGAGCCUACGAGUUUGAAUCUUUCAAAAACUGCUUCUUUAACUUGGCCAUCCCUGUAGUGGUGCUCACUGAGCCUGCCACAGUUAAAAGGACACGGAUCAGGGACAACAUCUACUUCUCCAUCUGGGACUGUUGGACUAUCUUUGGCCAUGAGGACUUCACUCUCUCGGACUUCAUGAAUGCAGUGAGGGAAAAGUAUGGAAUUGAACCCACUAUGGUCGUCCAUGGUGUGAAGAUGCUGUAUGUGCCUGUGAUGCCUGGACACUCAAAGAGACUCAAACUAACGAUGCAGAAGCUGAUCAAGCCAUCAGUGGACCGGCGCUACGUUGACCUCACCGUGUCAUUUGCUCCAGAAGCAGAUGGAGACGAUGACCUCCCCGGUCCUCCGGUCAGGUACUACUUCAGCCGCAACGGAGAGACGCCCUGACACCUUCCUAUAAGUCGUCCUCAAACCUCUUGUGUCCUUACUUCCCUUCUUUCAUGUAAAUUGUUAUAUCCUAAUAACCUAGGCCAGGGCCAAGAGCUUUCCCCCCCCCAGGGA